AUGGCUUGGCUCCUCCUUCCCUUGCUGUGGCUUUCGGCCGCGGACGCGAAGGGACCGCCCUUGCUGAUUGGUGGCGUGGAAUUCUCGCACGAGGAUGAUAUUGACAACAUGGAAAAAUUGUCCAACCUCUUUGGUCAGGUCUUCUACACACACAUCUUAUCCCCCGAGAACGCCGCGGCAGCUUCUAGCUGGCAAUCCCUGGAGAGCGACGUCUGGCAGAUGGCACGAAUGGCCUUGGAAGUGCCAGCGCUGGCACUACCUGUGGCCAUGUGUUUGUACAACUUCUUCUGGUGGGAAGGGCCGCAAAACAACGAACCAAACCUGCGAGCUGGCUAUGAGGCCUCGGAGUUGAUGUACCUUGCAGUGAAACAUGCAGGUUGCGAUGGUCCAAAGAUGGAGAUGAUCCACUUUUACCUCCAGCAGUGCCACCUGCGCUGGCGCUAUCUGCUCCUGCUGACCGCUGAGACCAGUCGCUACCUGCUGCAGCAGCGUAGCCUGGUGCCCGGGACGCGGCUCAUGAGCCAAGCCCGAGCUUAUCUGCGUGAAAUGAAGGAGUUGCCAAACGUUGAGCUGCUACAAGGUUUUAGCACUCACGAGGUGAGUUUCAACAUGGAUUACUAUCCCAGUGCGACCCUGAUCCACGGCCCGGUGUGGAAGAAUCCUCUGCAGCUCCUGCCCGUGGCCAGCGUGUUGGAAGAGAAUUACCCUGUGAUCCGAGAGGAGCUCGAAGCGAUUUUGAAGGCCGGAACCACCUUUGAAGAUUUGGACUCCAGCACUCGCAAUGCCGAGACGCAGUUUGGCCCCCGGGGUGACGAUUGGCUCACGGCCUAUCUCUUUCGCAAGGGCGAAGCCAUCCCGGAGGUCUGCGCCCAUGCGCCGCGGACCUGUGAGAUUUUGCGGAAGCGACCAGAGAUUGGCAACUGCAAGCAAGCUGCGUCCGGUGCGGGGUUUCUGCGGAUGCGUCCUGGAGGACGACUGAAGCCGCACUUUGGCAAUGCUCCACGUUUGAGUGUUCACUUGGGCUUGAUCAUUCCCGAUGGCGAGAUCACAAUGUCGGUGGGCUAUGAGGUGCUGAGGUGGGAAGAAGGAAAAGUCAUCGCUUUUGAUGAUACCUUCAUCCAUCAGGUGGUACACAACGGUGUGGAACCGAGGUAUGUCAUGAAUCUCUGGAUGUGUCAUCCCUGCGACCCCGACGGCAAGGACUCCGGGGCACCGCUGCCAGAGUACUGCAAUGGUCCUCCUGGUGCGAUGCUGCGCUUAGGCCUAGAACCCUUGGCCAAAUGAUGAGACGUUGGGUGAACCUUGGUGAACCUUGAGUUGGAAGCCGCUUGGCGGCUUGCUACACUUGCUACAUCACCUUUUGGUUUAUGUUGGCUUAAAA